AUGUUAAGUAAAGCUGUUAUAACGAGGGUUCCGUUGAGAAUAGGCGGGUUUAAUGUGAGAACCUUUUCAAGGGCUAGCAUAUUGAAGAAUAAUGAAGUUAAGUCAUCGUGUAAAGCCGGAACGGUAUUAAACUUGAAGAUGAAGAAAAGUGGUGAUGAACCGGUUGCAUUGGAAGACCAUGAAUAUCCUGAGUGGUUAUGGGACUGUCUUGAUAAAGAAAAAUUGGACAGUAAAUUAAAAGAAACGGAUUUUAUGAAAUGGAGGAGAAAACAAAUAACUAAAGCCAACACGGCCAAAAUUAAUAACAAUAAUUUCCUUGCUAAGAUGAAAUAG